UUCAGUAACAGUUGAUUGAGGGUGCUCUCCAGCAACAGGACGGGGAAACAUUUCUUCAAGUCCAGCGUCCUCUUCGAAUUUUUCUUUGGCAAAUACAACAGUGCCUCGAUUCAACGGCUUUAUUUUAAUACGGUGUCUAUUUAGAUAUAGAUAGUAAUUUAUGUUAGUUAUAAAUAAUUAUUGUUUUUUCCUCGCACUGGAUUCGCAACACCAACGUAGACAUUUUUUCCUGUAAAGGUGUGUUCAUUUGAUGAGCCUGCUGUGUUCUAGCACCGCCAUGAAGGACCGUGACUCUCUGUCCCUCCUGCACUACUCUGGAUCCGGCAAGACCAGUCCUCAGUUCCCCUCUGCAUCCCUCCAUUCUGGCUCCCCCGUGUUGGCCAAACCCCAGCCUUUCUGCCUGCAGUCCGGCCAGCACCUCAUAGCCUCCAUGCAGCUCCAGAAACUCAACAGCCACUACCAGAAUCUGACCUCCACAACCACAACCGGGCCCGGCCGAGGGUACGCUGCUUCCAUGCUAAGCCCAGGACAGAUUUCUAGUCCUGGGGCGGUGCAGGCAUCCGGCAUCAUCGAUUCAGAUCCAGUGGAUGAGGAGGUCCUGAUGUCGCUGGUGGUGGAGCUGGGUUUGGAUCGUGCCAAUGAGCUCCCAGAGCUGUGGUUGGGUCAGAACGAGUUCGACUUCAUUGCGGACGUGCCUGCUGGCUGCUGACCAAAUGUUCAUUAGAAAUCCAAAGCUUUCAUUGAAUGGCAAUUGAGUUUGCCAAUGAACACUGUCAGAUUUGAACAGUCAAGGGCUGUUAUUUACUGGACAGGCUUCUGUAGGUUUGCCGUUGAUUUCUGCUCACGGAGGAAAAGAGGACUGGGCACGCAUACAACAAAAGGCCAUCAUGUUUGAGUGGACGUUUUUCCCUGCCUUAUCUAUACCUCCAAAUCUUAUUUGCAUCCUUUAGGCCACAUAAAUGAUACGUGGAAUGGAUUUGCCACCUCAAAGAGAAGUUGAAGGACAAGCAGAAAAUGUGGUUUGUAGAGAACAAAGGAUUUGGGCUGGCGGUUAUUCUGGCUGUCCGGACUGGUGGUGUUAGACGAGUGUAAUGGGAGGUGAUGGUGAAACUGGUGCGCUCCGUUGAGCCCCUUCAUCAUUGGAGAGACUCCCUGGAGAAGCCGUGUCACCACAAAGCCUCGCUGGCCACAGAGGAACUCGACCUGGCUGAACGUUUUCCAUGGUUAAAUAUAUUAAUGAGACGUGUCUGUUUACCCCAUAACUCAGCCUGCGUGGUGUGAUAGCCUUAAUUUUAUAUUUGUGGAUAUUUCUUUCAUGCACUUAAAAUGUUAAUGUUCAUCGCCCUCUAAAGUAUUGCCUAUAGCUUUUUUUUUCUUCCUCAAAAUUGAGUUCUGUUCUGUUUGUAGGCUUUAUGAGUAAACGAGUUAAUUGUAGUGUAGCUCUAUGCAGGCCUUGUCCAAAAUCCACAAAUAUGUUAGACAUUGUGCAUGCUUAAAUUUCAUUCGAUUACACGUUUAAAGAAGACA